AUGUCUCCGAUUCUCAACCCCACAGCGCCGGCCUUCAGCCCGCCUGUGUCGAUCCCCCGUCUCGCUUCUCCUUUCAUCUCCACCUCCGCACCUACCGGGGCCGCCUCCGAAUUCAACCCGGGCUUCUUUGAUUCAGUCGAUCUAGCCCUCGGCGCUGAUCUCCCCGGCUCUGAAUCUUCAAUCUCCGAGACCAGCGAAGUUGCCAUUUCACUGCUAGGCGAAUCGCUUCUGAAAGCCGUCUUCCACUCCCCGAGCUCGCCGUACUCGCCCAUCGACGAAGACGACGACGAGUAUGACGACCAGUUCCUCGCAUCUCCACCCGCAACAGCGUCGACUCCCGGCUCGGUUCGCGACAUUUGGAGCCCAACUGCAGUCUCUUGCGGCACUUCAGAACCAUUAGACUCGCCAUUCUCGUCGGUGCUGUCUCUCUCUGACGAAGACAUGUAUGGUGCCUCAAAAGUCACGGCGCCAUCCCGGAAUGAGACCUGGAGAGUCAACGAAAACUGGGCACAUGAUGACGACGUUUACCUGGACCAAGAUAUCAGUCCUCGCCCUAUCAGUAUUGCACCUGUUGCAGCCGAGCCACCACUCAAGAUCGGGUUUGACGCCAACCUGUACAACAGUGCCUUGGCCAUGCAACAACAGCUCUCAUGGCAACAUCAGGUUGCCACACACUCCUCAAGUAACUUCACAACUUUCAACCCUCAGAUGCAGGCUCAGCCCAUCAUCGCUCCGUCUCUGCAGUUCAUCCACGUCCCUUCAGUACCGCCUCCAAAAGUUGGCAUGGCUCCCCUGUGGCCUCUUAUUUCAGCGCUUCACCGGAAUCUCUCGAAGAGUCGGCCUGAUUUGUAUGGUAAUUUGCAGCCAUCCGCGUAUUUCGGACCUGCUUCAUGA